GUGAACUAAAGUACACAGUGAGUUUUAUUGCGAACUUGUCCUGUAUAUAUAGCAUCGAUGUAUACGUAGUUCCGGCUAAUCUCCAGGUGAAGGAGUGGCUGUCUCACUAUAUCUCUUUCUAGGCGUUAUCUUGCUUAUCGUUCUCUUUGCCAGUGUUUGUGCACUCAGCCAUGGAAACAUGCUGGUGAUUCGUGAUACUCAUUAACUUUAACUAAGUUAAUUUAUAUUGCAAAAUUGUGGUGUUUGUUAAGUGCAAAUGGAAGAGAGACCCAUAAACAAACGAGCCAAGCUUGGAAGUCUAGUAGCACAAGAAGGCUUAUCAUGAGUUGAGAUGACAAGUGAAACUGCAAUUUCAGCUUCCCAGCAGACAUCUCCAUUCUUUGAGUGUGACACUGUGAAACAAGAGAUGUCAGAAGAUGAAGAAGACACAGAAUUUGAUGCGACUCAAGCACUCAUAAUGACUUGUGACAGUGUGACUGUGGCAGAUGUAGACGAACAAAAUGAGCCCGUUGACCUAUCAGUGAAGAAGUCACCAAGAACAGAUGAUGAUGGUGACAAUUCUUCAUCAUCAGGAACAGAAGUUGAUACAAAUACGAAGGUUACACCAUGUGCUGCUCAAAAAAGGGGAUUGACUUCAUUAUUGUCCCUCCAGAGAAUAAAAGAGGCAUCGAUGUCAUUAAGACAAUGGCCUCCACAACAACCCAUACACAAUCCAGUGAUCGCCGUGCAUGGACAGAAGCGACCAACCGUGCUGCAGAUGGGGCCUCGCUACGCGAUGCCGCAGCCAGUCUACACGGACGAUGCGGUAAUGUGUGACACACAGGAGCAGAACUCGUUAAAGAAACGGCGCAUGCACCGAUGCGACUUCGGCAGCUGUAACAAAGUUUACACAAAGAGUUCGCACUUGAAAGCACACAAGCGAACUCAUACGGGUGAGAAGCCAUACUUGUGUUCCUGGGAAGGCUGUACAUGGAAGUUUGCUCGAUCAGACGAACUAACACGUCAUUACCGCAAGCACACAGGACAGAAGCCGUAUAAGUGUACACUGUGCCAGCGUGCCUUCUCUAGAUCAGACCACCUCUCGCUUCAUUUGAAACGACAUUGAUUAGAAUAUACAGUGGAUCCACCGUGGACUGACUGAGUGACGGUCAAACUCGUAAUUUGCUCACCACUCACGUAUCACGCGUCUUUGGUCCCUGGUGAAUCCAGCCAGCCUGCCUGAGGUUGUGAGCAAGUGUGGGUCUCAGAUCGUCAGCAUAGCACAGGGCACCUGCUCUGUGUAGUAAUGCUGUGAACAAGGUGCCACUGCAAGCAAGACUAGAUCCACCCACCACCUCGGGAUGAGUAGUCGCACUUCACCAAGAGGAUUACGGCGUAUGGUAAUAGUGCUUGUCGCAGUUGUACAGAGCCGUAUGGCAACUGUAAGAGAAGCGUCGUGAUAGAUCAGACAAUAAUAUUGCAACCCACCAUUGAUAGCUAGCAUGUCGAAAAUAUGAAGCUGUGUACAUUGCAAUUAAAUUUAUUCAUAUUUUGCUUGUAUGACAGAUAGAGAUCAUAUGGUAGGGGUUUUUGCAUGUCCUACAUUGGGGCAAAGUGCACGUUUGCAAAAUAAGUCAAAUAAUUGGCCAAUCAUUUUUUUCAAUGUAAAUCAAGUAUUUCCAGUCCAUUUGAUGUAAAAUGGUUAUAUAUAGGUAUUAUUUAAUGCCUAUCAAUCACGGUUAAUUUUUGUGUACUGGAUUUGCAAAAUCAAAUGUUUAUGAGAUACUUUUUCAGUGAUGAAAAAUGAUUAUUUGUAGUGUACAAUAAUUAUUGACAUAUUAUAAUUGUUGUUAUAAUAAGUAUAUUGGUAAUAAUAUUCUUUUCCUAAUUAUUUUCUGUUUCAAACGUACUACAAACCAACCAGUCAAUCCAUAUUCCAACUAUUGGUUGUUUACUUGAUAGCUCUGUUCUAAUAUAUUAUAUAGCACAGGUUCAUGUUGCUACAAAAACAAAUGCAAUUUAAAAUUAUGGCCUAAUAUGAAUGCAGACAUGCUCAUUUAACAAAACCUGUCAUCAAAUUGAAAAUGUUAUCAACCUGUACAGCUGUGUAAUUUAUUGUUAUAAUUUCAUUGAGAUGUAAAAUGUAUUGUACAAAUAUCAUACGAUAAUUAUCAAAAUAUACUUAUCAUUUGUAUUUCUAUAGUGUCUGUAUUCUAUUAAUCAAUGUGCAGAGACCAUUUCAUUAGUAGAUAUGAAAAUUUGAAAGAAUUUUUGUUCCAACAAUAAUUAGUCAAUCAUAUCAACAUUUGGGUGUUUAGGUUUUGUGCAAAAACAAGUGAAUAACAUUGAUCUGUGUAAUACAUUCUCAUCCACUUUAGGGAAAGCUUGGUAUGGGGUGGGGUGGACGUAUUGUAAUGUAAUUGCCUAUUAAUUUACAGUUUUAUAUACACCAGUCAUGUAAAUGUGCCAUUUAUAACGACAAUGACUGUCAUAUAUAAGCUUUAGAUGUUUCUAUGACACUAAGAAACAUAUGAUGAUAAAGAUUAUAAGAAAUGGCUGUAUAUGAUGAUAAUGAAGUAUAUUUAAACGAAAUGUACAUACUCCAUAUAUAGUAUUUAGUAUGUUAUAUACAACUGGUGUUUGUCUAUAUAGUACAAAAAGUGCAUGGGAAUAACUUGAGGUGAAUUUCCUGAGCCCUGCAAAGUACUGUGAUUGUAUAGAACACAUUUAUAUCAGAUAAAUAAAAUGGAUUGAAGAUACA